AUGGAUGAAAUUUGUAAUAUAUUAAAGGAAUACACAGAAACACCAAGUGAUAAUAUAAUUGAUUUAUUUAAAGAAUAUAGUGCUAACCCAAAAGAUAAAACAGAGGUUCAUUCGAGACUUACAAAAAUAAAAUGUACUAAACUAAUGGCCUUUGAUGCUAACGGUUUGUACGCUUCCGCCAUGUCGGAUUUAGACAGCGAAUAUCCGAGAGCGGAAAGUGGUAGACCAUUUCGACAAGAAGAAAAUAAAGAAUUUGUUAAGCUCUUUAAUGAGCAAAAAUUCAGACCUAGAACUGCUAUUUUAAAAGCCUGGUUUGAAUAUCCUACCAACAUGCUCUUCCAACCCAUACCAGCUAAAGAUAAAAUCAGUUUUACGAAUAGAAUAGGUAAUUCAUUGUAUGGUAAAUCUAUUCAGAAGGAUAUAACUACAUCGAGACAUCUAUGUAGUGAAGCGACUUUAAAAGCCAACUUCGAUUCACACGUUAUAAACUAUGAAAAAGUAAAUGAUAGUCAAUAUAUAGUUGAGAUAAAUGAAGAAGAAAAAGAAUUUUACUGUACACCUCCUAAAUCUACACGACUAACACCUAGUCAUUUGGGAUCAUUCGUUUUAUCUCACAGUAAAAAAAUAAUUAAUAAUUUUACUCGCGUGAUAGAUGGAUUUUAUAAGCCUGAAAUAUACUAUACGGAUACCGAUAGUUUAUACAUUUCGUCUAGCAAUUGGGAUAAAUUAAAUGAAGCUGGGUUGGUGUCCGAAAAUGACAAUUGUAAAGGAAAGAAUGAUUACGGUGAUGGUGGAAUUAUAUUUGGUUUAUAUUUAGAGCCAAAAAUUAAGUACAAUAUCAUUCCAACUUCCGACGGUAUUCUAAAAGAAAAGAAAACGUUUAAGGGUUACUCUAAAGAUAAGAUAAGCGUAGAAGAUUAUAUUCGAUUAGCUAAUGGACACGAUGUAACGAAUGAAUUUAAGAAACCAUGGGUAAAAAGUUUCACCAAUAGAGUAGUUAUUCCAAAGGAUGAUGAUAAACAAAAGAAAGUUUUUAGAAGUUAUCUAAAUCUCGUUAAGAGAAAAGCACCAGACAAUGAAGGAAUCAUGUAUCCUUACAACGACGGAAAAGAAUUGAACAUGGAUGAAAACUACUAA